CAAACUGAAAAAUAUAAACAGCGCCCUCAUAGGGCAUGAUUAAAAACAAUCACUAUCGGACAGCAACAAUUGAUUAUUUAAUACCAGUUGAACAGUUGGAAUCCGGUUACAACAAGAACCAGAAGUAUCAUAAUUGAUGGAACCUAGUAGCCUACUGGUAGCGCAUUCGAACAGGAUUGGAGACUAACAUGGGUAAAGGUCUAUGUUUGGCGCAUUAUUCGUCAUAUAUUUAGGCCUAUUCAUAUAUGUGUUACUCUUAUUAUUUUUAAUAUAGCCAGAAGUAUUUAUGGAACCUAGUAGCCUUCUAUGGUAACGCAUUCGAACAGGAUUGAAGAUACGAACAUCGGUAUAGGUCUAGGCCUAUGUUUGACGUAAACGCCUUAUAACAUUUUUCAUGACUGUAUUCUAACAAACCAAGUUCACAACAGCUGUGGCUUAUAUUGCUUUUUUGAUUGAUUGAAACAUUUCACAUUUGAGUAUGAGGAACUGGUGUACUGGUGGUAGUUCAUGUCUCAUCUUAGUCGUCAUAUUUAUAUCAUAUCUGUGUUUCGGCGCGUUAAUAUUUUCUCGGAUGGAGUCACCAAUAGAAGCUGAAUAUACCCAGGAACUUUCGACUCGAAUCACCGAUUUCCUGGAAACGAAUGAAUGUAUAGAUGUUAAUGACAUUGAGGACUUAGUAGAAGUAAUAAUAGCCGCCAAUGAAUUCGGAGUAUCAUGGAGUUACCAUAAUAAAACAUCUCCAAGUAGCUGGGACUUCUGGUCGUCGCUGUUUUUUACUACCACACUCUUAACUACAAUAGGUACUCAGAAUGGAAAGGAGAUAUACACACGUACAGCUUCAUCACAAUCCGCUAAAGAAUUACCAAUCCGCAUGCUGCACCUCUCUAUCCUUACCACGUUAACUGGGUUAUUCUUCGUUAUACUGCCCAGUUUAGUGUUCUUUUCUCUCGAGCCAUCAUGGACGUAUUUAGACUGUUAUUACUUCAUAUUUAUAUCGUUAACGACGAUUGGUCUAGGAGACUUCAUCCCAGCUAAUAAUUACACAAACGAUGAAUGGAGUCAUUCUCACCGAGCCAUAUACCAGACUCUAGUUUCGGUUUAUCUUCUUAUUGGACUUGGUGUGGUUCUUCUCCUGGUCGACCUAUUCGUCACGAUUCCCGAAGUGCGUUCAAGAUUAGACUCCAUGUAUGGAUGCGAAAAGGAAAACACCGACAAAACAGCAGAACAAGAAUUAUUCCCGAUUCCUUACAAUAAUGAUGGCUACUCGUCCAUGGAGCACGAUUCGCCAGAGAACGGCGAAACAUCAGACUUGUUUAAAUGAAUUGUCUGGUUAUUUAAUUAUUUAAACGAUUAAAUGCCAUUCCCACGUUGCAUAUUGUUAAUUUAUGUAUGCUGGCUGUGGGCCUAAAAUAUCAACCGUCAAGCAAGUACACUACUUUCUUCUGUACAGAUAAAAGUAAUUGGCAAUGCGUUAAGCUGAUGUGUCUGAUGGCUACGCGCAGUGUAUCAAAGCCUACAAGACGAAAAGUUCAGAAUCAUUAUUUUUUUUAAACAUUGUGGAUGAACGGAUGAAUAGAUGAUUGAAUGAAUGCGGGCUUAUGAAAAGCAGGACGUGAAAAAUGGAAGCCAUUGCAAACUGCGUAGCAAGCAUGCACGUCGCAAUAUGUUCGCCAUCAUUAAUUAUUUGAUAACCACUUGGCUGCGGUAUAGUUUAUUAAAGUAGGCCUAUGCGACGACUAAUAAUACUAUAGCUGCCUGCAUUUUUCAUCGGAGCUUAUAUCAGAUUAAAAUGAAAUGUCAUCUUCAAACCAUAGAACUAUUAUAAUAUUGUAAUCCGGGAACCCCACCCCUGGUAGGCCUACGUCAUCGGUAGUCUCAGUGCGUCAAAUUAACCGGCCCGUUGAUCGUUGCUAAGGUAGGUCUACCACAAAACGACAGCGAGUAGGGCCUAGCGGUACGUAAUAUAGACAAGUCUUUGUGGGACAUGCGCGUAUUUCUGGCCCUGUACUGACUGGUGAGUUGUUAUGUUUGAAUAAAAUUCCAAAAAGGUCCAUUAGCAGUAGGCCUUCAAAAGAGCAGUUGCUUUGAGGCGCAUGAAGGCAUGCCUUCAUCUCACUCACGCUAAUAACAGGACAUUACAAAAAAACGUUUUUUUCUUAAACAAGACAGUACUUUAAACAGUAGCGGACCAGGAAUUUAAAAUAGAGGGGGGCCCAGGGAGGGAAUUUGACAGAUGGAGGGUCUAUCACCUUAGCGCCAACCAUGGUAAGAAAAUGUACGAUUAUGGCACCUUUAGAUGGCCGGAAAUGGCACUACUUAAAAUUUUCUUUUUUCUACAAUUUCUUGCAAUUUUGAAUCCACCACUGCUAAAGUUACUGUUGACUGGACUAAAUCAAGACAGAACGAUCUCCGUAUUUUAACACACACGCCGUUAAUCACUAGUUUUAACCACUGUUACUACUAUGCUCUGGCAGCAGAUAUGAUUACGAAAUGUUGCUCAUAAAAUUGUAUUAUAUUUUUUGAAUUGUGUGCUACAAUUUUAUGUCUUUUUGUUGUUGUUGUUGUUGUUAUUGAGUCGGUAAAUUAUAUUUUAGAACGUGAAAUAAUUUUAAAAAAUAGAACGAUUCAAAGUCAUAUAAUAAAUUA